AUGGCGACGGCGACGGCGGUGGCGGAGGAGCGCCUGCUGGCCGCGCUCGUCUACCUGCAGUGCGCCGCGGGCUGCUUGCUCCUCGGGCUGAACCAGCACAGCAACUCGCCGUACGGCCGGCAGGCGACACCCAGCUGCAGGCUCCGGGUGCCGGCACGAGUCGCCUGGGCCGUGCAGGAGCUGCCGUCGCUGGCCCUGCCGCUCUACCAGUGCGCCAGCGAGUCCGCCCCGCGCCUCCGCGACGCGCCCAACUGCAUCCUCCUGGCCAUGUUCCUCGUCCACUACGUUCAACGGUCCUUAAUUUACCCAUUUCUGAUUCGAGGAGGAACGCCUAUGCCACUGUUUUCAUGUUUAUUGGCGAUUAUGUUCUGUACCAGUAACGGCUAUUUGCAAAGCAGAUAUUUAAGCCAUUGUGCAGUGUAUGCUGAUGACUGGAUAAGGGAUCCCCGUUUUCUGAUGGGUUUUGGCUUGUGGUUAAUGGGCAUGUUGAUAAACAUCCAUUCAGAUCAUAUCCUAAGGAAUCUCCGAAAACCGGGAGACACUGGAUACAAAAUACCAAGGGGAGGCUUAUUCGAAUACGUAACUGCGGCCAACUAUUUUGGAGAAAUCGUGGAGUGGGGGGGCUAUGCUCUGGCCAGCUGGUCCGUUGAAGGCGCGGCUUUUGCUUUCUUCACAUUUUGUUUUUUAUCUGGUAGAGCAAAAGGGCAUCAUCAGGAUCCUGUCCCAUAAUGGCCGGUCGCCUCCUGCCUCAAGCUGCAGGGAAACCAGACGGGGCAUGGGACUGCCACAAUUACAGCUCCUGCUCAGCCUUCCUGGUCCUUUUUAGAAAAUGUGAACCAGAGAGCAUGAAGCAUCAGAUACUUAGAAACAUCUGCAUCAUAAAAGAGCAAUGAAUGCCUCUCAAGAAAACAUGAUUCUGGGAACCAAAGGGAAUUUUGAAAAAGAAAUUGUACUUCAGGGAGAUCCAGCAUCCACAGGGGAAUGGACAUCACUUACUGUGGGACGUCGCAUGCUGGAAUACUACUCAGCAAUGUGAAGAAUGGACUGUUGAUAAAUAUUUAUAAAUCACAUAUCUGAUAAAGGUUUUAAUAUUCAUAAUAUGUAAAGAACUCUCAAAAUUCAAUAAUAAAGCAUAAGUUUUUUAAAUGGGCAAAUGAUCAGACACAUCACCAAAUGCAUACAAAUGGCAAAUAAGUACAUGCAAAGAUGCUUAAUGUCUUUGGUCACUCUGGGGAAACAUUAAUAAGAUAUCAGUACACGUCUGUCAGCCUUUCACAGAACUCCGAUUUGAAUGUUGAAAUCUCUAAAAAUGCAUUCUGUUGAACAGUAAGCUGAGGCACGAAUAAAUUUUAAAGAAUUUAUUUGAUCAAACAAUGAUUUAUGAACUGGGAAGCUCCAAACUUCCAUAGGACAUAUGCAGAGUCUGUGGCUCCAGCUACUCGUGCCUCAUUUGAUCUGUUCCCUUGGAAGGUCCCUGGUUAUGUAGGUUUGUUGCCUGCUCUGGUCAGUUGAGUUAAACCCUGUUUUUCUUCAAGACAGGCAUUUACAACCAAUAGCUCAAGUUAAGUGAAGCUUGUUUGCAAAGCAAGCAAGGUUUAGGUCAUUUAUGAGGCCUAACUCUUUCCGUCUGCCCAGGGAUUCUUCAGGUCUGGUCUCCAUUUGAAUUUACUUUGACACUUCUACAUAGGAUGGUCCCCAAAACGCCAACAUUUUCCCAGUAACACUCGUAAGCCAUAGCUUAUUUUCCUCCGUUAAAUAUUGUUACAUUUAUUUCAGAUAGUUUUAAACCCCUUAAAAACUACAUGUUUGCUCAAAAGGCUGUUCUUCAGUUAAAGUUCAAACCUGUUUGACCAGAGAAAAGCAAAGCUUGUUAACUAAGAAUAUGAUUAUGUUAGUCUAUUUUCAUGCUGCUGAUAAAGACAUACCUGUGACUGGGUAAUUCAUAAGGAAAAAGAGGUUUAACUGACUCAUGAUUCCACAUGGCUGGGGAGGCCUCACCAUCAUGGUGGAAGACACGUCUGACAUGGCAGCAGGCAGGAGAAGGAGAGCCAAGCGAAAGUGGAAACCCCCUAUAAAACCAUGUGAUCUCAUGCGACUUAUUCACUACCAUGAACAGUAUGGGGGAACCACCCGGUGAUUCAAUUAUCUCCCACUGGGUACCUCCUGCAACACGUGGGAAUUGUGGGAGCUACCAUUCAAGAUGAGAUUUGGGUGGGGACACAGCCAAACUAUAUCAAACAUCUUUUGUGGACACAGCCAAACUAUAUCAACCAUCUUUUUUUUUCAUUCGUGAAUGUAAAACUUUUUUAAUGUUUACAAUAUAUUAAAUAACUAUUAUAAAUGCACAUAGUGUAUUCUAUAGCAGCCAGGUUUACUUUUUUUUUAAGGAAACUAAGUUACACUAUGGUUAAGACUAUGGUUAAGACUUGUAUCUUCACCCUUGAAAAAGCCCACAUUCUGUCACAGCCACGUAUGGUCAAACUUAGCCCCAAUUGUUAAACACUUGCAUCAAGUCAUAACGAGUUUUUUGUUUGCUUGUUCGUUUUUUGACGGAGUCUCGCUCUGUAACCUGGAGUAGCAGUGGUGCCAUCUCAGCUCACUGCAACCUUCCCUUCCCAGGUUCAAGCAAUUUUCCCACAGCUAUAGGCACGCGCCACCACACCCAGCUAAUUUUUGUAUUCGUAGUAGAGACGGGGUUUCACCCUGUUGGUCAGCAUGGUCUUGAUUUCUUGACCCCGUAUUCCGCCCUCCUCAGCAUCCCAAAGUUCUGGGAUUACAGGCGCGAGCCACUGCGCCCUGCUGUUAUAACCAGCUUUAUUGCAAAGGGGCCCUGUAGACAUUGAUCAAUUCUAGUGCCUUCACAGCUACCCAACAAGGCAUGAAUAUACAGAAACAUGCUUCAUGAGAAGCAAGAAGUAUCACCCAUGGCUUCUGCACAUCAGCAACUGGUCACUGCUCACAUCACUGAGGUCUGCGGACGGUCACUUUUCGCAUCCCUCUCGAGUGAAAGAUGGAAUGACUUGAGCACAAAUGCAACCUGUUAUUAACAAUUUCUUACAAAAGUCACAAACCAACGUAUUUUACAGAAUUUACUACAAAACGCCAUAAAAACUGCCUUCACUUCAGCUCUCUUCGGGUGUCCGGCGAGCCAGCUGUAUGUCUUCGGGCACGAUGGUGACUCGGCGUGAAUGGCACACAUGUUCGCAUCUUCAAACAGACGCACCGGGUAGCUUCUAGCCUCCUGCAGCGCACGAUGCCUGCGCAGGGCAACCACAGAUCGCUUUUGAAACCCAGCCUCGGCAGAGGCGGCUUCGGAUGCGCGGCUGGUGGACUGCUGAUAACCAGGAGUCUCUCGCAGCGCCCCGGGCCCGGGCCUGCAGCUAGGAGGCGUCACCCGCACGAGGGGCCUUUCCUGGCGGCCUUCGUGGCCAGCCGUUAGCUGGGAGCGGGGCGCGGGGGCGGGCUUUCCCCCGAGGAGUUAGGAGCCGUCGGCUUGGUUCCUUCGGGCCGUUUUCUUUUCCCCAGCGCAGAAGUCAGGAAGAGCCGCAGCCUCCCAGCGGAAACCCGUUCAGUCUGAAAAACGAUUUCAUUCUACAAAAAGGUGUCUUUUCCAAAUCGCAGUGAAAAAGACUUGAGUAAUUCUGUUUUACUUUCUAUUGCUUGCUGUAGAAUUCCCUCCUAAAGCUGCUCUCCAGCACACCACAACAGCAUUUGUAACAUGUUAUUAAGGUAAUGACAGUGUGACACUAAUUGAUACAUGUUAACAAGAGCAGGUCACUGAUGGUCAGCAUAGCAAACCAAUUAGCUAAUAAAUGGUUGCCCGCUGAGUGUUUACUUAAAACAUUGUUUCUUUCACCCACAUAAAAAUAAACAGCAGCCAGGAGGCUUCCCUAGUCAAAUCCAGAGAGCCGCCUUUCUUCCCAUUUUCUGCAAGCCAGUCCUUUAUGUUUAGAAAACUUACCUGCAUGGCAUGCUGAUGCCACCGUGAGCGGGAGGUCACCUGCAGCUCAGGAGCUGACCAGCAUCACCACUGAUGAGACAGGGUUAUCUCUGGGUUCUGAUGAAGCUCAAGACUGCCACAUAAAUCAUGACUCCGGAACCUGUAGCUUAACCCUGGCUGGGUAUCCUGGGUUCCUCCAGCUUUCCUCUAAUGUCGCCUCGUGAGGGCCCUAUGUCCGUUCCAGCUGCGGAAAAAAUACCAUAAACUAGGUGGCUUAUACACAACAGAAAUUUAUUGCCUACAGUUCUGGAGCCUGGAAAGACCAAGAUCAAAAUUCGGUGUCUGGUGAGGCCCCAGUUCCUGGUUCACAGGUGGUACUCCCUGUGCUCUCACCUGGAGAAGGGACCAGCCAGCUUUGUGGGUUUCUUUUGUAAGGACACAAAUCCCAUUCAUCCCUAAUUAUCUCCCAAAGGCUUCACCUCCCAACACCAUUGCAUUGGGGGUUAGGUUUCAACAUUUGAAAAGGGAGGGGGUGGGGGUCACAAACAUUCAGACACUGCAGGCCCACUUGCUUUGCUUUUCCUAUCCGAACAUGUCCCCCACCCCCAGCUGCAGUGGCCAGCCCUUAGGAAGUCGGUGAGGGGGCUGUGCCACUGCCCACCAUCACACUCCAGUCUCAGGCAAGGGGCUGCUCCCAUGGAAAUGGCCCUGCAGUGCUGGGGUGUGAAGCCUGUUCCUCAGGCAACCUGGGGGUCUGGCCUCUCUCCAACCCAUCAGGGCCAGUGGCCCUGAGCUCGCUCUGCCCCCUGCCACCCUCCUCUGUGGUUUGGGGUUCUCAGGGAGCUCGCUGAACCCAGGCACCCUGCCCCAGUCCUUGGUCUGGCAUGGCAAGUCCCAGCCUUGCCACAGCAUAGCUUCCUUCUGAGCUGCUCUUGGUGUCUGUGGGAACCAGUGGGUCCACUACUUCCCCAGCCUGGGUCCCCUUCCCUUCCUCCUGUCCAUGCUGGGGUGGGAUUGCUCUGAGGUGGCCACCCCAGGCUGGUAUAGAGGCAGAAGCCCUGGCCCACAGUGCUCUCCUCAGCUUGUCCAUGCCUCUUCCCUGCCCUGUGCCAGGGUCUGGAGAGAGGUGCUCAGAGCCCAGCAUCUCCCUGCUGCAGCUUCCUCCUCCCUCCCACAGGACCCCAGGGCUCCCAGGGGCAGACAUCUCUAUUGGGCCUCCCUUGCCUAGCUGGACUUCUUUUUUUUUUUUUGAGACGGAGUUUCGCUCGUUACCCAGGCUGGAGUGCAAUGGCCCGAUCUUGGCUCACUGCAACCCCUGCCUCCUGGGUUCAGGCAGUUCUCCUGCCUCAGCCUCCUGAGUAGCUGGGAUUACAGGCACGCGCCACCACGCCCAGCUAAUUUUUUGUAUUUUUAGUAGAGGCGGGGUUUCACCAUGUUGACCAGGAUGGUCUCGAUCUCUUGACCUCGGGAUCCACCCGCCUCGGCCUCCCAAAGUGCUGGGAUUACAUGCUUGAGCCACUGCGCCCGGCAAUUCCUGUGUCUUAAUAAAUAUUGGCUUAUGAAGAAUUUGCUGGAGCAAGUAUAGACACUAUUUUAACUUCUUUAAUUCAACAGAAUUUUAAACUAGCUGGUUCUCUCAAUAAAAUAAUACUUUCCUUUCUUCCUUAAAAUCUAGCUGAACUGGCCUAAAAUACACAUGUGGGAGGUGGGAUUGUAGAAAUAUCUCAAAUUAAUUAGUGUCUAGCUCUUUGUAAGGUAUUUGACAGUCUGAGUUGGUUGCUUCCCCCACUGCAAAGCAGCAAAAUCUGCUCCGAAAGGCUUCACAUGGCUGGAAAACUCCAUUCCGAAUUUAGAUCCUCUGGGGAGGGCAUCAAUUAUUUCCUAUUGUUUUUAGCACUGAUUAUUCUGUCUAAUUUGAAAGCAUCCAAAAAAGAAAAUGAUAAUUGGCAUUAGUAUCAUUCUCCAUCACUUUUGAAAGAUAUAUUAAGGGAAUGUUGGGGCAAUCAGUCUAGAAACAUAUUUUCCCAUAACAAUUAGCCAGUUCUUUUUUCUUUUCUUUUUUUUUUUUUGAGACAGAGUCCCGCUCUGUUGCCAGGUGCCAGGCUGGAGUGCAGUGGCACAAUCUCGGCUCACUGCAACCUCCGCCUCCUGGGUUUAAGCAAUUCUCCUGCCUCAGCCUCCUGAGUAGCUGGGAUUACAGGCACACGCCACCAUGCCCAGCUAAUUUUUGUAUUUUUAGUAAAGACGAGGUUUCCCCACAUUGGUCAGGAUAGUCUCGAUCUCCUGACCUUGUGAUCCGCCCACCUCAGCCUCCCAAAGUGCUGGGAUUACAGGCGUGAGCCACCGCUUAGGCCCAUGAAGAAAAUGGAAACAAAACUGAGUGCCAAGCAUAUAAGAUGCUCAGCAUCAUAUCACAUUAGGGGAUUGCGAAUUGAAACAACCAUACCACUGCGCACCUGUCAAAAUGGCCAAAAUCCAGAAGACUGACAUCACCACUGCUGGUGAGAACAUGGAGCAACAGGAACACUCAUUCAUUGCUGGUGAGGAUGCAAAGUGUGGAGCCACUUGGGAAGACAGUCUGGCAGAUUCUUACAAAGGUAAACAUACGCUUACUAUACAAUCUAGUAGACUUGCUCCUAGGCAUUUACCCAAAGGAGUUGAAAACACAGAAACCUGCACAUGAAUGUUUAUAGCAGCUUUACACAAAAUUGCCAAAAAUUGCAAGCAGCCAAGAUGUCCUUCAAUAGGUGGGUGGGUAAAUAAAUUGUAUCCAAUGCUAUUUCUAUAAGGAAAAUCUAUUCAUACAAUAGAAUAUUGGUGUUAGAGUUUCUUUCUAACAAAAUGCUAUCAUGGCAUGAAAAGAUAAGGAAGAACUUUAAUGUAUAUUGGUAAGUGAAGAAAGCCAGUUUGCAAAGACUACAUCCUAUAUGAUCCCAACUGUAUGACAUUUUCAUGGAGACAAUGAAAAGAUGAAUUUUAGGGCAGUGAAACCAUUACUAUGAUACUGUAAUGGAUAUAGAAUAUUAUGCAUUCUUCAAAACACAUAGAAUAUACAACAUGAAGAAUGAAUGCUAAUGUAAACUAUGGAUAUUCAUUAACAAUAAUAUGUUAUAUAAUUUUAAUAAUUUAUUUUACAUAUUUUAAUUAUCUAAAAUGUCAUUUAUUAAAUUUAGAUGCUACUUAAUUUUUACUUUAUUAUGAUUAUGUUAAUAUCAGCUGUACUAGUGUUCAACACUAAUGCAAGAUAUUAAUAGGGGAAAUUGUGUUGGAGAGGGAGGUAUGUGAGAACUCUGUACUUUCUUUUCUAUUUUUUCUGUAACCAUAAAGCUACUCUAAAAAAUAAUAUAUAUUAAUUAAAAAAUAACUGA